CCACAUACACAGGCAGCUUGUGAGAGGGAAGACGUAAUGGUAUGAUUCCUUGUGUCUUUGCAAUGGUCGUCGUUCUGACAUUACUCGGCAAAUUCCUCUAACCGGAGGUACAAUGAAGGCAGGGGCAUCGUCCAUGUGGGCAUCAUGCUGCGGUCUGCUGAACGAGGUGAUGGGCACAGGCACGGUGCGGGCACAGCAGCCGGGGUUCGGAGCAGGGGCAGGGCCCUUCCGUUUUGCCCCCAGUGCUGGGUACUCUACCUACCCCCCCGCCAGCUCAGGGAGUGCUGGACAGCUGUGUAAGGCCUGUGGACUGGCCUUCUCUGUCUUCAGACGCAAGCACAUCUGCUGUGAUUGUAAGAAGAGUUUCUGCGCCCUGUGUUCAGUGCUGCAGGAGAACUUGCGUUGCUGCAUGACCUGCCACCUGCUGCGCGGCACAGCCUUCCAGCGGCCGCGGCUCAUGCAGCUCAGAGUGAAAGACCUACGCCAGUACCUGCUGCUGCGCAACAUCCCCACCGACACAUGCAGAGAGAAAGAGGACCUGGUGGACCUAGUGCUCUGUCAUCAGGGGCCGAGGGUGACCCCGAGACCAGUGGUGGAAGAGGAGGAGGAGGAAGAAGAAGAGGACGAGGAGGAGGAGGAGGACACACAUGAGGAGGAUGAGGAGGAGGAUGAAGGGGGAGAUGACACAGACAGUCUACACUCACUACCACACUCACACGCCACCACGCCCCCGUCCGCCACACGUUCCACCUCUGAACAGUCAGUUCUCUCCGCCUCUCAGGGAGAUGUGCUCAGUCCAAGUGACAGCUCAGGGACCACCAACCAGGAGCGUGAAGAUACUCCAACACCAUCCCUCUUGAACCUUGAGUCUACUGAAAAUAUCAUAGAGGUCAGUCCGGCGACACAGAGGAGGAUCAGGGCCUCGUUGUCUGAUCUGGACAACGAGGAGGCAAUAGAAAACCUGUCCGUCCGCCAGCUGAAAGAGAUUCUUGCCAGGAACUUUGUCAGUUACUCUGGCUGCUGUGAGAAGUGGGAACUGCUGGAGCGAGUGCAUCGACUCUACAGAGAAAAUGAGCAGAACAGGAAAUCCAUGGAAAAUGUGAGCAUAACUGCAGUUGUUGCAUAUCCUCCACCUCUCUGCAGCAGUGGAGCUGGAGAUGGUGUCAAAGCUCAGCUGGUGGCUGAUGAAAACCUGUGUCGCAUCUGUAUGGACGCCUUCAUCGACUGCGUACUGCUGGAAUGUGGUCACAUGGUAACCUGCACCAAAUGUGGAAAGAGGAUGAGCGAGUGCCCCAUCUGCAGGCAGUAUGUAGUGCGGGCCGUGCACGUCUUCAAAUCUUAAAACUCUGUGUGCGUGCGUGCGUCUGUGUGUGUCAGAGCAAGAACUGCCCGUGGGCGUGCGUGUGGUCCAAGCCCUGAAUUUAUCACUGAGGAUAAACCGCUGCGCAUGACGUCUCACAGGACCUAAUGCUACAGCAGGCAUGAGCAACUUCCCAGUCCUUGAAAAGAGACUGUUGCCUCUGGCCUACCAGUUUGUCCUCUCUCUCUCCCUCUACUUUACUAAUUUAUGUUUCAGCCCCACAUCUCCUCCCUGCUGGACCAUCAUCAGCUGCACUGGGACACUCACUCUUUCUCUCUUUGGUCUUUCACAACACAGGAGAACACCCUGCCACCACUUUCUGGUCUGUUUAGGCUUUACUCACAGUAGAGGAGAGGAGCUGUAGAUUCUUGAAGUGUUGUCAGGUUGUUCUGCGUGGUGAAGAGAAGUAGUGUGAUGAAAAAUAUAAGAUCACAGGGUUAGAGUCACUAUGGUUUACAGAGUCACGCCACAUGACCCCACGUUAUCUCCCUCAGUGUUCUUUAGGAUGUGCAAUAUCAGAAAAAAAGAAACUGUGUUUUUAGAAACUGUUUAUUCAUGAAUCUGAACAUCACACACUCUGAGUCAUCUUGUCUCACACACAGGAGCGUGUGAGGUGCCAAAUGUCAUGCCUUUGAGUGAUAAGUGGGGUUAAAAUUUCACAGUAUGAUGUAUCUCAUAACCAGCAAACUUGGUAUGAUAGUUGACUCUUCUUUAUGUUUUGUAAACUUUAGGAAAUAGAAGUAUGUACCUGUAAACCUUUGAACACUUACUGUGUGGAGGAUGUGACUCCUGUUUCCUUAGAUGUGACUUCUGCUGUGUGAUGAUGGCACAGAGAGUAAAACUCCUGCUUGCUCAAAUCACGUGCUGCACUACAUUCCUGUUACAUCGACUGACCUGUGAAACAGCAGCGUGAGGCCCAUUUCAUAGUCUGUUCUGGUGCUUUCAGCCGCAUUUCAUGCUCUUCUUCAGCAGUUUCCUCAUUUGUAAUGGAGAUGGUUCACAUGACCUAAGGUGGGCAUGUAUGACGUGGAGAUCGUCCGAAUGGCCUCAUCCUUGUAGUGAGGAAGACCAUGAGGUGGAGCUGAAAGAUUCAGAGAAAUAAGUGGUCUGUGAGUUGAGAUGGUGUUUUCAUAACUUCCACCAAGCAAUACCAUUUCAGUUACAAGUCUACCAAGUGUGUUUGAUGAUGUUGUCCAUGUCAAAUCUUAGGUAGGUAACAGGUGCUACUUCCUUUUUACUCACUGUAGCA